GUUGACUCCUAUGAUGUGACUGUGGAAGAAGACCUUGGAGAAAUUCAGCUAAUAAAAAUUGAGAAACGAAAAUAUUGGUACCAGGAUGAUUGGUACCUUAAGUAUAUCACUGUAAAAACACCACUGGGUGACUAUUUGGAGUUCCCAUGUUACCGUUGGAUUACAGAUGAAAAAGAGGUUGUCCUUCGAGAUGGAAGAGCAAAGCUCCCCCAGGAUGACAAGACCCAGAUUCUCAAGCAGCACAGACGCAAAGAGCUCGAGACCCGUCAAAAAAUGUACCGCUGGAAGGAGUGGCAUCCAGGCUUUCCCCUGAGCAUCGAUGCCCAUUCUCACAGUGAUCUGCCUCGUGACAUCCAGUUUGACAAUGAGAAAGGCAUUGACUUCAUUCUGAACUACUCUAAAGCGAUGGAGAAUCUUUAUGUCAACCGUUUCAUGCACAUGUUCCAGUCCUCCUGGAGUGAUUUUGCAGAUUUUGAGAGUAUCUUUGUCAGAAUCAGCAACACAAUUUCUGAAUACGUGAUGCAGCACUGGAAAGAAGAUUUUAUGUUUGGCUACCAGUUCCUGAAUGGAUGCAAUCCUGUGCUGAUCCGGAAAUGCACAGAGAUACCCAAGAAGUUGCCUGUGACUACGGAUAUGGUAGAAUGCAGUCUGGAGAGGAACCUGACCCUGGAGGAGGAAGUAAAGCAAGGAAAUGUUUUCAUUGUGGACUAUGAGCUGCUAGAUGGUGUGGAUGCCAACAAAACAGACCCGUGCACAAUACAGUACUUGACUGCACCCAUCUGUCUGCUGUAUAAGAAUCUGGAGAAUAAAAUUGUACCCAUUGCAAUCCAGCUUGGUCAAAAGCCUGGGCCAGACAAUCCCAUAUUCCUUCCUUCAGAUGAGACAUAUGACUGGCUGUUAGCUAAAAUUUGGGUUCGGUCAUCUGAUUUCCACAUUCAUCAGACAGUGACCCAUCUGUUACGGACCCACUUAGUCUCAGAGGUGUUCAGCAUAGCUAUGUUCCGGCAGCUGCCUGCUGUGCAUCCCCUUUUCAAGCUCUUGGUGCCACACAUGCGAUUCACGAUAGCCAUCAAUACCAAAGCCCGAGAACAGCUUAUCUGUGAAUGUGGCCUUUUUGACAAGGCAAAUGCUACAGGUGGAGGAGGACAUGUACAAAUGGUGCAGAAAGCAAUGAAAGAUCUGACUUACAGCUCUCUCUGCUUCCCUGAGGAGAUCAAAGCUAAAGGGAUGGACAGCAAAGAGGAUAUCCCCUACUACUACUACCGGGAUGACGGCAUUAAAGUCUGGGAGGCUAUAAAGAGGUAA